GGCGUUUCUUUAUCAAUAUGCGCCUAUUAAAUACAAGCACCUACGAAGUUCAUGAAUUUUUAAGUGAUGAUGACAGUCGACGCUACGCCAUCCUCUCUCAUAUGUGGGGCGACGAUGAAUGCACGCUACAACAAAUGUCAACACCAGAUGUGUCAACUCGAAAGGGGUAUUCCAAAAUCAAAUAUGGUUGUGAACAAGCCGUAAAGGAUGGUUUGGAAUGGGCCUGGGUGGAUUCGUGGGUGUUGAGCGAGGGCGGGUUCACCAAAAAAUGGACACUACAAGAAUUAAUUGCCCCAAAGGAAAUGCACUUUUAUUCUAUGCAUUGGAGAUGCUUGGGAUCGAAGCUCGACCUACAAGACCAGCUACAAGAUAUUACCAACAUAGAUUGAAGUGUUCUUUUAAUCGGAAUAUUUGAUGACAUCUGCGUGGUGAAAAGGAUGUCCUGGGCAGCGAAGCGACAAACAACAUGAACAGAAGAUUGGGCGUAUUCUCUCCUUGGUAUAUUCGAUGUCAAUAUGCCGCUGCUUUAUGGGGAAGGUAAGAAGGCUUUCCUCCGCUUACAGGAAGAGAUUAUGAAAACUUCAGACGACCAGACUCUUUUCGCCUGGGGUUUGCCGCAGGAGUUUGAGCCUGCAUCUUUAGACAAUCGACAGCUCCGGUAUACCUCACAGCUGCGGGGCUUGCUUGCGGAGUCGCCCUUGGAGUUUAUGACAUCGCAUGAUAUUAGGCCCUUGUCAAGCCCCCAGUUCGUUAUGCCUCCCAUCAUAUUCAGUAAUGGGGUACGAAUCGAGUUGCCUGCAUGGUCAAAGAUGCCUUAUGCACUUGCCGUAAUAGCUUGUUAUGUACACGGCUGGAGUACAGAAUAUCUCGGUAUUCCUUUGCUUUACUGGAGAGACAAAUUUACCGCCCGAUGUGGCCCUCCGGUCCUAAUACCCAACACCCCUGGGCAAUCUUGGUCGACACCACAGAUGAAAACGUUUUCAGUGAAGGCACCUAGCUUGAAUCUAGGUCAUACGCUACCUCCCCCAAGUAGUUUCACUCUUGUGAGGUCGGCGCCGUGGGAACAAUACGAUUACUUCGGAAUUGAUGAGGUUUAUUGUCUACGCGACGCCUUUUAUUUUCCUGCCACCCAAAAAAUCAGUUUCCGAACUAGCCAUAAGGGUCCUCUCGCGGUCGUGUUCUUCAGUCCAGGUCUUGAGCCUGAGGAAAUCCAGCGCCAGCGAAUAGAGAACCUCAAAGCUAGGUUUUCUAGGUACGGCUCUAGAUUCAAAAUCAGCGAUGGGUACGCGAUCUCAUUCGCCAUCGUCUUAGGUCUUGAUGCUGAGCAUUGGGCGGCUUUUGUACCGAUCCUAGAUGAAGACAACCCUAGUAAGGAGUUUCAUCAUCUGCUUAAAGACCAAGGGGAAUUGGCAAAACAUUGCAUGACGAAGCACCAGUUGAAAGAUCUUUUGAAUGGUAGAGAGGAUGCGAAAUUAUUCCUACAAAGCAGAAGCAACCAUCUUGACCAGACGCUUUAUAGUUAUGAAAAUACAUGGCGUAGUUACGGAACAUGGCCUAAUGGGGGCGGCAAAGAGCUAGAAUUAGGGGUAGUAAACCUGUGCACCAGACUUCGGAUAGGUCUCGUCGACAUGUUCGAAAAUACCGUCUUUGUUUCUAUUCAAAUUGCCCCUCGUAUAGUCAGCAGCUCGGUACCACCUGAUGUCGACAGCAAGGAUUUCAAAAUCGCUGAACAUAUGAAGGUAGACCACGCAAAUUUUAUGCCGGACUGGUGGGAGAUCGGUAGAUUACAAUGGUUCCAGGAAUUCUAGGGAUAAGAAUACCUAGGCAAGGGUAAACUAACACCAUGGCGAUACGUGGGAUGUAAGCUUCAAUCCGUUGAAUCAUCUUAAUAAGAGACAGAGGUUAUCGCUGCGUAAUAGGUGAUAUGCGGAUAUGAAAAAACCAGAGCCCAUAUACCUACAACAUGUAAGGAUGGUAAAAGUUAACACUGAAGGAGAGAGAGAGAGAGAGGCCACAGCUAGCUAUCUUGUGAUUGAUUAGCCACACCUCCGCGCAUAUCUAAUGAAUUCUUUAUAAAACCAAUUAAUCAUUACUAAAAUGACAUAAAAAUAUUAAUAAUUA